AUGGCAGGAGCACCCUGGAUGUUACUCGCUUUGGUGGCAUCCUUUGCUACCGGCCAGGUUCAAAGUUUCACCUGCGGCGACGUGGAAGGCUGCUCCUGUACCGAAGAGAACGACUUCGUCAUUCAAUGCGACCGGGAUAAAUCGAGCGAGCUGGUGAUAAUCAAACCCGAUCACUAUGUAAAACUGCAGUGCGGAUCGCAGCUUCCUUGGCCGGUCCUUCCCCUGAAAUUCCGGUCGGCCUUCAACGAGACUAAGCUUGUCAUAAAAAACUGUCCCAUGCCGGAAACGGGAACCCUCCUCGAAUUUGCGGAAGGUCUGGAAAUGCCCAACCUGAAGGAGCUCGUCGUCACUCAGAGUAACCUGCGUGACACCCUGAGGAAGAACCACUUGAGGGGAUUUUCCAAUCUGGAGGCGCUAACUCUCACCCGCGACAACCUGACGGAUUUGCCGGCUGACCUCUUGGAAGGAUACCCAAAUUUGAAGCAGCUGAGAUUUCUCUCGAACGCCAUUACCGAGAUUCCUGAGAACUUCUUCAAGGCCGUUCCACACCUGAAGGGGUUGGAAUUGUCCGAUAAUCCUCUAGGACGAAUUCGGCCGGGCUCGUUUGCCGGUUUAACCGAAUUGGAGGGCUUGUAUUUGUGGAACGCCAAGCUCGUGGAAAUUCUUCCUGGAGCGUUUGACGACCUCCCGGCCCUGAAGGCCCUCGACCUAGGUGCCAAUAGACUCCGAGGACUUCCCGCCGAUAUCUUUGCGAAUCUGACCAAUCUCAGGAGCCUACAUUUCUCCGGGAACGAUUUCGAUUCGUUGCCCGAGGGCUUGCUUAGCCGCAAUAAGCAGUUGGAGGUGUUCAAGAUGGUAUUUAACAGGAAAGACUUCCCCGCCCUUCCUAGUGGAUUUUUUAAGGACCUGAGCGAGCUUCGGACAGUCGUGCUGAAGAUGAACAACCUUCGCCAAUUACCGGAGGAUCUCUUUAUUGGAGCCUCGAAGUUGACCAGCGUUAAUCUCGAUGGGAACGCUCUCGAUACUCUCCCUGAAAGUAUUUUUAAGGACUGUAAAAACCUCGAGAAGUUGAGUCUCCGCCUUAAUAAUAUCGAGUCGCUUCCGGAUGAAGUGUUUCAAUUUAACACUAAUCUCCAGGAAUUGGAUCUCUCGAUGAAUCAACUCUCUGCCAUUUCUGGGAGACUUUUCGCUAACCUGAGAAACCUGAAAGUGUUGAGCAUAGAAGAGAAUAAGUUAAGAACGAUUCAUCGCGGCGCCUUUCGAAGUCUGCGAAACUUAAAUAUCGCUAAAUUGACAAACAAUCAGCUCGACCUAAAGACCAAUUUUGAAGUGGAGUUUGGAUUCGUAUCUCCUUUCAGUACCUGCGUGGCUUUGAAGGAAUUGCACUUAGCCCGCAACAAUAUUUCUAACAUAUUCGCCGAUUGGAUAAUUUCCAUGACGCAGCUUAGUUUGUUGGAUUUGAAGUUCAAUCAGAUAAGCUCUUUGGAAACCGCCGAUCUACAAUUCGUCUCGUCGAGCUUGAAGGUUGAUCUUAGGUUUAACAAUAUCACUCAUUUUUUCCUAAGUGACCUUAAAUUCUUGGGAGGCCAACAAUCUUAUACCAGUGACGUGCAAGUAUACAUUGACAAGAACCCCAUCGAAUGCGACUGCUUCUUGUAUGAUGUUUUGCAAAAUUUGGAGGGGGAAAAAGAUUCAGACGUUAGGAAAAUAUUUACAAUUGUUCCUGAGAAUCUAAAAUGUCACGGUCCUGCCGAAUUUGUCGGCAGAAGGGUGGUUACUUUACAGUCAGAGACGUUUAACUGCAAAUCUAAACAUUAGAAAUACCGUACUCAUGAGUUCAUUCACAAACCUGUUCAACAUUUAAGGAUAAAGUUUCAGAAUUUAUUUUUUUUUAGUAUCCUGGAACAGCAUUAAAUAAAUAAUCCUUAAUAAAAAUAGAUUAAUUAUAGAAACAUAAAUAAGCUUACAAUUAAACGCUUUCUUCAUUUAAGAUGAAACUAAUUUACAGACAGCUUAAUAAUAAUCUGAAAUUCGAGAAUCUGUAAUAUCCGAAGUAUGCCAAUUUUUUUUUUUCAUAUGCCUGGGUAGAAACGAAUAUACCCGAAUAUUCAAAUCUACCCCGAAUCUCAUAAUUCUUUAAACCCAACAAUUUUCAUAUAAUUUUAAGAUUAUCAACUCUUUAAUCUCCAUUCCCGGUACCAUGGAUAUCCACGUAGUGGAUAAUUAUUUAGUACCGUAUCGCGGAUAGAUUUCUCUCUAAUUUGUACAAUUGUUACAUCAAUAUCUUGUAUUAAAAACAACCUGGAACUGAAGAGAGAGGAACGUGUAAAGGUACACUAGCACUACAACCGUGUUACGUAAUUAAAUAUUAAAAUUAUCGAAUGUUCUUUGGAGCAAUUACCAUUCGCAAUUAAUGUUAGUGCACAAGACUGAGAGCUCUGGAAUCUUGACUUGCUUAUUUCGUUUAUAAAAAUAGAAUUAUUCGGC